AUGGAAUAUGACGAAGCCGACUUUGCGGGUCGCCAUGUCAAGAUCCUCCCUGGCAAGAUAGAGAUGGACCAAGAGAAAUACAUCAUUGAGAAAUUGCACCCUGUCAGGUUGUCUCUUGGACGGAAGACCGACAAGUCAGCACCCUUGAUGCCUGAUGAGUUCGAGAGUUUUCGAUCCAUGCUCUACCGGGUGGCUUGGGUUGCUCAUCAAACACGUCCUGAGGCGGCAGGAGCCAUCAGCAUUCUGUCCUCCCGGCUUAAGGAAGCUGCUGUUCAUGACGUGUGCUGUCUCAACAAGUUGAUCUCUCAUCUUCGAAACACAGCGCAACAGAAGCUGACACUUCAUUCCUUUAGCAAUCAAGACAUGAUAUUGAUCUCUGCGUCAGACGCCGGAGGUUCCAAUGAGGUUGACACCGUUCAAGGAGCUUGGGUGAUCAUGGCCGCGGACAGGCUUCCGAGCGCAUCGCAGAAGAUCAAAGUCAGUGUGUUGAGUUGGCGGUCGUGCAAUCUCAGACGAAAAGUUGCUUCUACCCUUGCUGGAGAGGCGCUGGCGUUCAAUCAGUCAUUGGGCGAGGUGGAGUGGAUUCAGAUCAUGAUCAGAGACAUAGUCAAAGGAGACGUUUCUCGAAGAGAUUGGACUGAGUCGCUCACGCCUCCUUUACCAGCGCUUAGAGAGAACUGUCAGCUGGCAGAGAGGUUGCAACAAUGUCAUGUUACAGAUGCCAAGAGCCUUUUUGACGCUCUCCUCAAGCAAUCGCCCAUGUCUCGACAAGAUAGACGUACUUCAGUGGAGCUGAGCAUAAUACUGGAGUCACUCCAAAAAGCUCAGAGUGUGGUGCGUUGGACUCCUCACCCACGCAUGAUCGCGGACGGCCUGACCAAGGCCGAUAUCACUAGAUCGAAUGGAGCUUUAGAAGAUUUGCUGAGGACGUCGAAACUGGUUCUCUGGGACGAAAAGGAGGAAUUGAAACUCCGCAAAGAUGAUCCCAUGGCCAGACGACGCUCCAAAGGAGCUUCAGCCAAGAUCCGACUUCAAGAAGCCAAUACAGCAUCCUUCCUCGUGAGAUGUCGAAUCAACAUGAAUUUGGGGGAGUUGGUGAAAUCCGCUGUGGAAGAGGCCUCUGUGGGCGGUGACAGCCACUCAGCAGCAGAUGAAGCGCUCCUUGCAAAUCGCUCAGUACAGGAGGUGUUCUCUGCAGAGCACUGGCCAGCGCCUGAGCACCUUGAGCUCCAGCCCAAGCAGCCAAUGCCAAAGCAGCCUCGGUCGGAGCGUUUGACACCAAAGCGUCCAGUGACAGCUGGGCAGCCAGUGGCACCCAAGCAGCAGCUGCGUGAAGAGGCGCCGGUGAGGCCAGAGCAGCCGGUCGAACCAGUCACACCUGGAGGCACGGCUCCGAGCCAAGCAAGCAUAGACCCAGAGCAACAAGUGGUCGAGCCAUCUUCUGCAGUUGUAAAGCGCAUCGACUCCGCCACCGAACCGAAUCUGGACCUGGGACACAAUGUCUCCGAUGCCGUCAGCCAGGCGUGCCGAGAUGCCGUCAGCGUAGUCGCCAGUGCUGGUGAUGCGCCAGAGGAGUUGCCUCCAAGCGCUUGCACCAGCAGCCCUAAGUUGGACUGCACGCAGGAGGCUCUUGCUGAUUCAUCCAAGAAGGCUCACAUCUUCCCAGCACCUCAGGUUGAGGCCAUCCCAGUCACGGGUGAAGUAAGCACGAUACGGGACCACACAGCAACGCCGACUACAAAGGACGACGCCUUCGACGAAAGUCGAGCAGUGCAAUUGCACGACCAUGCGGUGAAAGUCGCUGAGGUCUCAUCCAAAAGUCGCAGUUCGGCAUCAUCCUUUGGUGGCAAGGAGUUCGAGAUCAAAACUUCCAAAGCAAAUCUUCGUGCGAACCAAGACAGGGUACCUGCAGGGCACGUCAGCGCCGAACUGAUGGAGGAGUUGGGUCAGAUUGUGAAUCGGCCGCGGUUCAGUAUUCUUAAGAAAGCAAAGACAGAGGGCGACCUGGAGACAAGACCAAAGUUAUGCUUGCGAUUUUCAGCGGAAGUGGACAUCCGCGAGGUCCCUCUACUUAGUCCAGCCAGCAGUCCUUCCAGCCCAGUCAACUCGAAACAGUUCCAGGCAGUGUCUCCCAACAGCAAGUCUCCAGGUUCUCACGCGUCAGAUACCCUUACACUCCCGCUUUCACGGACUAUGGCGCGGGAGACGCGGCGGGGAUCGCGGGGAUGUGAGUUGCCGCCGUCUUCACCGGUUGCAGCAACUCGGUCAGAGGCUGAACCUUGCGUUGGGCCAUUCACGGUUGAAAAGAGAUCGCAGGGCUUCAAACAAGAGGUCGAAAGCCAAAAUGCUGUCCGCUUCGAAGAAGGCUCUGCAUCCAAUGCUGCAGGAUUCCUGGUGUGGAAAGAGCUUGAUUCAUGCGCCUUCGAGCCUCAGGUCCAACAGUCCAGCUGUGCAGCUGCUGAGCACAAGGAACCAGUGAGUCCGGCGAGAGAGCAAGGAAACCAGAACUCCAUUGCAACUUUCGCCCGGUAUUUGUACCAGAUUGCAAGACCCAACCACGAGAGCACCAGUGGAAAAGUGGAAACGGUGCAACAUCCAGCUGACAAGGCUGACAACCAUCAGAACCAGCCCAUUGAUUUACCAGUUCAACAUGUUCAACAAUUGCAAACGACUCUGAAUUGUCCCGAGGAGCUCGUGAGGUAUCACAGACAUCACAAGCAUGGCAAGCAUCACAAGCAUCACUCUUCCCGCCCUCACGACUCCCACAGGUCUUCUCACUCGAGGCGAAGGAGCUGGAAGGUUGAAGGCGAAGCCACAGCCAUCCCAGCUCCGGGCAGCGGAGCCAUGCCCAAAAAAGGUGGCAGCUGGGAGAACCUCCCAAGCUCGAACGAGAAGCAUGGUUACCACUACUACGGUACAUGUGAAGUUACCGAUGAGAUGGUGAUCACCGCGCAGCGGGGCGGAUUGACGCCUGAUCUUGAGAACAGGGUUUUAGAGCGCGCAUAUUUCCUGUUCAUUAAUGGGGUCUCUGACGACCAGUGUAGCAACUACUUUGAGGCCUUGAGGGUUGAGCUUGGCCUCAUGAUGUCUUCAAACCAAAUGGUCUGA